CAGCGCUGAAAUUGAGAGCUCGCUGUGUGCUAAGGAUCAGUUACUGAAGAGUCUUCAGACAGAGUUACACUACACGGCUGCAGCGAGAGCGCCGUCGAAGCAAUGCGACUCCUCAUGCGCCGACUAGCCCUGCGGCCAGGCACUGCUGCAACAAGAGCGACGCUGCGGAGGGCCCUCUUCACCUACGACCUGCCAGCGGAGCGCAUCGCGUCGCAUCCGGCGGACCCGCGCGGCAGCUCGAAGCUGCUCGUCUACCGCAACACGCAUCUAGAAGACGCCACCUUCUCUGAUUUAGAUGGAUAUCUGCCCGAGGGCGCCUUGGUGGUCGCGAACGACAGCCGCGUCGUCCGCGCGCGGCUGGCGUGCUCCACUGAUGGUGCGCCGUUCGAGGUGCUGUUGUUGGCGCCGGCCGACGCGACCGCGGAUCCCGCGGCGCUCGUCGCAGCCGGCGCGGACGGCCAAGCCUGGGCCGCGAUGGCGCGAACGACAAAUAUAGGAGAGGGCUCGAUCCUGAAGGUUGAGGGCUCCGAAGCACAUUUACGAGUGUCCCGCGUCGUCAGUCCCUGGGUCGAGCAUGGCGAGGACGACGGCACAGAGGUAGAAAUAGUGGUAGAGGCCGCGGGAACGCUGGCCGACCUCCUCGACGUGUGUGGCGAGGUGCCCGUGCCGCCCUACCUCGGGAGAAGCGUAGAGGCGUCGGACGACGAGGACUACCAGACGACCUACGCUUCUGAACAGGGUUCCGUCGCGGCGCCGACGGCGGGCCUCCAUUUUACCGGAGAGCACUGGGCGCGCGUCCAGAAUAAUUUUGAGACGGCGCGCGUGACAUUACAUGUCGGCGCCGGGACGUUCCGGCCCGUGACCGGUUCGAUUGAUGAGCAUGACAUGCACGCGGAGCGCUUUUCGGUGACCCGAGCGACGGUCGAGGCCUUAAUUGCGGCCAAGCGGGACGGGCGGUCUAUUGUCGCUGUGGGCACGACGUCGUGUCGAGCCCUGGAGUCGCUGUACCUCCUGGCCGUUAAAAUUGCUUCCAUUACUCCCUGCGCGAUGAAGGGGCAGGAGUUACGCAAGCGAGCGGUUCUCGGAGACCUCGGUGCGCUGCCGCAGUGGAGCGGCCGCGGCGACCGCCCCGACGUCGUACAAACGUUUGAAUCUCUCUUGCAAACGAGCCCGGCCGACACUUUCGCGGCGUCCACGUCCCUAUGCAUCACGAACGACGGGCGGUGGCGGUUCUCCGUCGUCGACGCCCUCGUGACGAACUUCCACCACCCCGACUCGACUUUGUUACAUCUGGUAGACGCUUUUUUAGCGGGCAAAGCCCGGGACUUAUAUAGGAGGGCCCUCGCCGGCGACUACCGGUUCCUGUCGUACGGCGACGCGUGCUACCUCACACGUUCGAUGGAUGAGCACGCGGCCGCCGCCGUCGAACCGCGGACGGAGCGCGUCGCCGGCCUCGGCGCGGAGGAGCAGUGCGCCGCCGCGGCCCCGAACGAAACGGAACGACCGAAGGUCCUCCUCCACAGCUGCUGCGCGCCCUGCUCGGGGGCGAUGAUCGAGGAGAUGGUCGAGAAGCAGGACGCCGACGUGACGAUCUUUUUCUACAACCCGAACAUCCACCCGCGCGCGGAGUACGAGUUACGUAAAAGAGAAAAUGAAGAAUACGCGCGACGGCUCGGCGUGCCGUUCGUGGACGGCGAUUACGACCCCGACGAGUGGUACAAGCGCGCGCGGGGCAUGGAGUUCUCCCCUGAAAGGGGUUCUAGAUGUACGAUGUGCUUCGACAUGCGCAUGGACCGGACGGCGCUGUACGCGCACGAGUGGGGCUUCUCUCACAUUGCCACCACCAACAGUACUUCUCGGUGGAAAGAUGAGCAGCAAGUCGACGAUUCGGGGAGGCGGGCGGCGGCGAAGUAUGACCUGACGUAUAUGGAUGAUGACUGGAAGACGGAUGUCAUGACGGCUCGAAAAUACGAGAUCAAUGCGCAACAGUCGUUCUACAAGCAGGAGUACUGCGGCUGUUCCUUCUCUUUGAGAGAUAACAAUUUUCAUCGGGCGAAGGAAGGCUUGGAUCCGAUAAAACCGGCGCAGGGCGACGUGUAUAGUGAUCCGCUGGCGGACGCGGCCGAGGAGUCCCCUGAAGUGGUGGAUGCGUUCUUUCGGGACGCGCCGGCCUUCUCCGAGGAGUUGCGGGGCGUUUAUAAAACAAGGCGGCGAGCGCGCGACGCGUCCGUUUCGGGGAAUAAUUGGUAA